UACCUCGUAUUCCUCUCCGGCACGAUGGCGACGACACCUCCGCCACCGGUCCAAACUCUCGAGCCGGCGCCGGCUCCUGCUCCGGCUCCUGCUCCUGCUCCUGCUCCGGCUCCGGCUCAGUCUCCAUCGACCCCAAUUCUGCAACACCCGCCUUCGAGUCAACACGCUCCCUCGCUGGCCACCGUCAAAUCGGAGAUUUCGCCGGCGGAGCAGCCACCCGCCGUCAGCUCCCGCUCGCUAGAGCCCUUGGCUGCUUCUCCCUCCAUCUCCAUUCCCAGUUGCUCCGGUUGGUUUUCUUGGGACAAGAUCCACGAGACCGAGAGGAAGGUCUUACCAGAAUUCUUUGAUGGGAAGUCGACAUCCAGGAACCCUAGGGUUUACAAGUAUUUCCGGGAUACCAUCAUCACGCGGUUUAGGUUGAAUCCAUCUAGGAAGAUCACGUUUACUGAAGCCCGGCGGGGGCUGGUCGGAGAUGUAGGUUCUGUUCGGAGGGUCUUUGAUUUCCUGGAUUUGUGGGGAUUGAUCAAUUAUGCACCAUCCACAAAGCAGGCUAUUAAGGAGAGAAGAGGAGAAGAAGAGACUCAGGAGAAGAAGGAGAACCCCAAGAGGAUUUGCACCACUUGCAAGUCUAUUUGCAGUCUUGCUUGUUUUGCCACUGAUAAGUAUACAGAUCUUAUUCUGUGUGCAAGAUGCUUUGUUCGUGGGAACUAUCGUCCUGGCCUCAGUUCUACUGAUUUCAAGCGGGUUGAUAUUAGUGAAGAGAUAAGGACAGAAUGGACUGACAAAGAAACACUUCACCUCCUUGAGGCAAUUUUUCAUUAUGGAGACGACUGGAAGAAAGUGGCAGAGCAUGUUGGCAGCAGAACUGAGAGGGAGUGUAUUGCUAGGUUCAUCAAGCUACCUUUCGGUGAUCAGUUUUUGGGUCCUUGUGAUUUCCCUGGGGAUGAUGAUCAUUAUCAGGGAAGAGAUAAGAAUUGUGUUGGACAUGGAGAUGACAUUGGAGAACAAGGUCCAAAGCGAAUCCGUCUCUCACCACUGGCAGAUGCUAGCAACCCUAUCAUGGCUCAGGUUGCUUUCUUGUCUGCAAUGGUAGGGCCAGAAGUUGCAAAGGCUGCCGCACAAGCUGCUACUGGAGCUUUGCAUAAAAUGAAUUAUGCUACUGGGGGAAACACAAGCAUCAUCGGGAUUGGAUGUGCAGAAAAUAAAAUUGAUGAAAGAGAACUGGUAGCCAAAAGUGGUAGACUUGAACCAGAAGAAGAUCUCAAAGAGGUUGUGAAUGAGGCAUGUGCACAACUUGACAAGGAACAGGAGAAUGUGGAGAAAUCUAUAUCUGACAUUGUGGAUGUUCAGAUGAAAGAACUUCAGGAAAAGAUUGCGCAUUUUGAGGCAUUAGAGUUGUUGUUGGAGAAAGAACAGCUUCAACUUGGACGCAUGAAAGAUUUACUAUUUGCUGAUCAGUUGAAUCUUCUUAGGCACAAGGCUAGAACAAAUUCUCAAAAGGGUUUUCACCAUGAGCACAACAAAGCCGGAGAUGAUGCUAUAUGAAAAUUAACUUCACGUUCAAUUGUUAAGAGUUUCUUUGAGGAACUCAGAUUUGUAAAUUGACUCUUCAAUCUAUUUGCGUUCUGAUCCAUUUUAUUAAUGCUGAUAUUUUUUUUUAUGCAUUACAGUUUUCAGCAUUUGCAGAGAGGUCCUUGAGCUUGUAAUAGUUGUAUGUAUAUCGUGAAACCUUUUGCUUAUAUGGCUUCUCCCGUUAUAUUUCGAAUUAA